ACCGCGCCAUGUCCACGCCUCCGCUGGCGGCUUCGGGGAUGCAGCCCGGGCCCUUCGGGGGCCCGCAGGCUCAGGCCGCCCGCGAGGUCAACACGGCGUCGCUCUGCCGGAUCGGUCAGGAGACGGUGCAGGACAUCGUGUACCGCACCAUGGAGAUCUUUCAGCUGCUGAGGAACAUGCAGCUGCCAAAUGGUGUCACGUACCACAGUGGAACAUACCAAGACCGCUUAACAAAGCUUCAGGAUCAUCUUCGCCAACUUUCUAUUCUCUUCCGAAAGCUGAGAUUGGUCUAUGACAAAUGUAAUGAAAACUGCCGCGGCAUGGACCCCAUCCCAGUAGAGCAACUUAUUCCAUAUGUGGAAGAGGAUGGUUCAAAGAAUGAUGAUUGGGCUGGCCCGCCUCGUUUUGCAAGUGAAGAGAGACGAGAGAUUGCUGAAGUAAAUAAAAAACUCAAGCAGAAGAAUCAACAGCUGAAGCAAAUUAUGGAUCAAUUACGAAAUCUCAUCUGGGACAUAAAUGCCAUGUUGGCAAUGAGGAACUAA